AAAGACGCCACUGCCAACAGAUUGACUGCGACCUUUCUACCAUCCGGAGCUGUAUAGACUAUAGUGAAGACAAUUGAAUUCGGCAAAACGUUUUGAAAAUAAUGCGGCAAACAAAGUUGAUUGGCUUUUUCUCGACGCUUGUUUUAUUGCUGGCAUUCUCUGUAACUAUCGACGGCCAGAAAAAAACGGUAAUUAAAGUAAGUACAACAACGGAGACAACUACGUUCACGAAACGGACAAGUACGGUCUGCUUAUCGUUGAUAUCAGAGGGAGGCGUAGGCCCGACGCCAUGUCGUCGACGUCGACAAUUUUGGAUCGAAGAGCCAAUUUUUUUGGAGCCGUACAAUCAAUUCGACGAAUAUUAUUCGCAAUUCCUCAUCCAACCGACCAACGUUUUCCAGCUGGAAACGACUGCAGCGCCAUUAAUGGAUUUCAGGAAUGAUCCAUUUUCCGGUAUGGACGAUGAAUACGACUCGCCCGCUGAAUUUUUCUUGCCUCACUUACCCCAGUCAUCUUUAUGGAUGCCUUCCACCGAUUUUAGACCUAGAAUUUACUUCAAGAAUGGAGACACAUUUGCCAGGGGUGGGUACAGAAGAGCAGGAAACCGCAAAACGAGUAAGAAGACAACAAUCACCUUCACCAGAACAAGACUAGUGACAGAGACGGAAAUGUCUACAAAGACCAACACUAUCGGGAUAUCUGGUUGCACGCCCAGCCCUUUGUUUUACGAUAUUUGUCCUUAACUUGUUCUUGUUAACUAUCCACGUGAUUGAUAAUGUUGCUUAAUAAUGUUCAACGUAAAUUAUGAAAUUAUUUAUCCUCUGUUGUUUACACGAAGACUGUCAUUCGUUUUUAGCGCGAAAAAUACACUGUCCAUUAACCCA